CAUGGCCAACAUCGCGGUCCAGCGGAUCAAACGGGAAUUUAAAGAGGUCCUUAAAAGCGAAGAGACGAGUAAAAACCAAAUCAAGGUGGAUUUAGUGGAUGAGAAUUUCACAGAGCUAAAGGGCGAGAUCGCCGGACCGCCAGAUACGCCUUAUGAAGGUGGCAGAUUUGAGCUAGAAAUUAAAAUUCCAGAGACAUAUCCAUUUAAUCCUCCAAAGGUUCGGUUUAUAACGAAGAUCUGGCAUCCCAACAUCAGCUCAGUAACAGGUGCCAUUUGUUUGGACAUCCUGAAGGACCAGUGGGCAGCGGCGAUGACUCUACGAACAGUCUUACUGUCACUACAGGCUCUUCUGGCCGCCGCUGAACCAGAUGAUCCGCAGGACGCAGUAGUUGCCAAUCAGUAUAAACAGAACCCAGAGAUGUUCAAACAGACGGCUCGACUCUGGUCACAUGUGUACGCAGGAGCUCCCGUCUCCAGCCCAGACUACACUCGCAAAAUAGACAAACUCUGUGCGAUGGGCUUUGAUAAAAACGCCGUAAUAGCAGCGUUGUCGUCGAAAUCCUGGGACGUGGAGUCAGCGACAGAACUGUUGCUUAGUAAUUGAGUCCAACCUGAGGGGCCAAAGCACCUUAUCUGACACAAUCCCACCCCCAAUCUCCUCCUCCUCCUCCUCCUCCUCAGUCCACACUACCUUCAUCUCUAUGAAUCUCUUUUUCUUUAUCCAUCUUUUACCAUUCCUCUGUUCGGAACAGUUCAUCCCAAACUGAAAAUGCUGUUAUCUUUAUGUUGUUCUAAACUUGUGUUCUGCAAGGAGACAUUCAGCUGAAUGUUCACGCUGCUCUGUAUCUGUGCACAGAACGUGGCUGGUGAGUGGGCAGUAAAAACCUCCACCCGUUUUCCUUGUUUAAUGCAGAUUGGUAUGGAAGCUUGUUUCCGCCAUGAAAUAAAAACAAUUAAUUCGGACUUUGUUUUUCACAGUUAUGUAAACUGAAGUCAGAACUGCGAGAUGUAAACUCUGAAUUAUUUUUUUCCCUUGCAAUUCUGAGUUUAUAUCUCGCAAUUAUAAUUUUUUUCCUCUAAAUUGAGUUCAUACCUUUCCAUUUUGAGUUGUAUCUCAUAAUUCAGAGUUUAUAUAUAUCAUAG